AUGACUCUGCUCUACCAAGUGGGGUUAUUACUCCUUGUGGCAGCAACAUAUAAGGUGUCGGCGGAAUGCUGCACACCAGGAGCCACUUCUGACUUCUGCACCGUCUUCUCGAUGCUCUCCACUAUGGAACAAAAUGAAGUGAUGAGCUAUUUAGGCGAAAACUGCGAGGCUGACGCCGAGGUUGCACUGCAAAAGAUGGAGAAGAGAAAGCCAAACUUUAUGAGAUACGGUAGAUCUGCAGCCGUUAAGUCGCUGGGAAAGAAAGCCGGUUCAGACCCGAACUUCCUUCGAUUCGGACGCUCUCAACCCAACUUCUUGCGCUUCGGAAAGGCCAGUGGUGACCCGAAUUUCCUCCGAUUCGGUAGAAGCGACCCGAACUUCUUGAGAUUCGGAAAAGCCGCCGCCGAUCCAAACUUUUUGAGAUUUGGAAAACGCUCCGCUGAUCCCAACUUCUUGAGAUUCGGCCGCUCAUUUGACAACUUUGACCGUGAAUCCCGCAAGCCCAACUUCCUCCGUUUCGGAAAGUAA